AUGAUUGAACAAAUCAAACGGAUCAUCCGCAUGGCACUGCCAAACCUGUCUGAACAGACCCUAUGCCAAAUAAUUGCAAAACUUCAGGAUUCUGGCUUGGAGUCAAUACAAGACCUACAAUAUGUACAACAGGAGGACCUUGCAGAUCUGCUACCUGUUAUCCAGUGCCGCAAACUCCUGCAUGUAUUCAAAUUGGAAUCAUUCCAGGUGCCUUGGGAACAGAUGCCACUGAAAAUUUGUUCUGCAAUUGUGGAUGGCAAGAGGCCUACACCAGUGGAGCGACGUCAGAUGAUACGAGUCCUGGCAGAUGAAAUUAGAAGAUUUGACAGUAACCCCACUCGCAGUCAGUGCAAAACCGUUGUUCAAAAUAUAAUCAGGCAGUACCCAAAACGUUUUGCUGACAUGAACUCUGAUGGAUCUCUUCUGUGUGGAGGAUACACAUCUCUUUUGAUUCAACUUAAAAACCGUAUUGAAAAUUUGAACCGAGAUGGAAGUUUCUCACGCCACCGGACCACUACAGGCAAGAGAGUCACCUUCUCACUACAACGUUGCCAUAUUAAUACUCUUCCACCACCUGAAAUUGAAGAUUUGAAGAAUAAACGGCCCUUUAUUUUCAUGCCAAGAUACAUUUAUGAACAUUUUCAGUUGCUUACAGACAUUGAUGUGCUUCGAAGCUUGGAACUCCAUAUCGAGGAAUGUGGAAAAGUUAUUCAAGAUUAUUUCAAGGAUAAAUCUACCAACAAAGAUGUCAAAAAUAUCUUAUCCAAUGGUGACGACGAUGAUGAGCUAGCAUUUAGAGUUGUUCAGUUGCUCAUGGCACAUUUUGGAGAGGACCGUGAUGGGCUGAUCCUUCUUACUGAUGAAUCCACCACAGCAGCUGGCGUUGAGAUGUCACUUAAUGUUCCUUCAAGUCCUCGUCUGAUACUGUCUGUUUCAGAUACAACAGGGAAGAUCGUGAUCAAUGGAUGGAUGAUAACAUUGGAAGGCCGUGUAAUCUCUGAGAGCAUCACACCAUCAUUCACUACUGGGCUUGCUGCUGUUUUUGCAAUCUAUUAUAAUUUCAACCUCCAGUAUCAGGUGGAGGCUGAAUGCACUCUGGAGUUCAUUCAGAGAUUUGUAGGUGUUUCCCCAAACUUUGGCGCAGUAAGUCAAAUAGGGCUAAAACAGUGCACUAUAAAUUAUAAAUUGGAUUGGCUAAUGACUUAA